GCAGACUGAACUUUUACCCCAGCAAGCUGUUAGAGAUUUCUUUCUAACCGGUAACAAGACACAGUUGCUUCCGAAGAAUGGAACAGAAUAACAGCCAGCCAGUGGAUGACUUUUCCUUCAAUGUUUUCUCAGUAACCCCUUAUCAAAGCAAUAGGCACGAUACACAGGUGUCAGAUGGCGACAAAGCAGGGGCUACUUUGCUGUUUUCUGGAAUUUUUUUGGGACUGGUUGGUAUCACCUUCACAGUGAUGGGGUGGAUAAGACGCGAAGGAUUUGAAAGGUUUGAAUGGACUCAGUUGUUGGGACCUAUUUUGUUGUCAGUGGGUGUGACUUUUGCCCUUAUUUCAGUGUGCAAGUUUAAAAUGCUUUCCUGUAAAUCAUGUAAAAACAGUGAGGAGACAGCACUAGACACAGAGCAGCCUUCUGGAGCACAGUCCUUUGUCUUUACUGGGAUAAAUCAACCUAUCACCUUUCAUGGUGCCACUGUGGUCCAGUACAUCCCUCCUCCCUACACAACUCAAGAUGGUUUUCCAAUGAGUGCCACAUCAGUACCACCAAUUCCCAGUGUGGGAAAUGGAACAACAUCACAACUGUGCCCACCACAGUAUUACAGUAUUUAUCCCAUGGACAACCCAACAUUUCUGGAAGAUGAUUCAUCUCCAAACCCACAAUCCACAAUCAAUGGAUAUGAGAGGGGUCCAGAUGCUGGAGGUCUACCUGAUGACCUCCAUGGAACAAGUAUGCACAGAGAUCCCCCUCCAUUAUAUGAAGAAAUAUUCCCGGAAAGGAAUGAUGAAAAUAGAACUACAACCCAUAAUCUGGCUCAGUUGUGACAGCGGCUUUAUACAGCAUGAAAAAAGUGUCUUGUGUCUUCUUUUAUACACAGCUACCCUUAAAUAUGUCUUAUUUUACACAAUUUUGCACCUAAAUAUGCUCUGAUGUAAUUUCUAUAUACCUACAGUUUUAGUGAAAAGCGAUACCAUUUAUUGGCCAACAUAGAAAAAGUUGUUGAGUCAAAUAAACUUUUGGGACCUCUGGUGUCUAUUCUUUGUCUGACCCCCCCUGAGGUUCUAAGAGAUUAUGUGACUCCACAUCUUUUUUAUGUUGGCCUAUUAAAAGGUGUCAUAUUUUGCUAAAGACUCGUGGACCAACAUGGCUAUAUAACUUUAUGUUACUUAGAAACCAGAAUGAGAAGAAAAUUAAACCCAGCCCCAGGGAAAGAUUA